AUGAUGUCUGUUCCACGAACUCCUCCCGAAUUAAUAUCCCAAAUAAAGACUCCAACUAUUGCAGUUCAAUAUAAUUCGGAUCCGGCACUGAAUAAAACUAAUACUACAGAGCCGGUCGAUAAUUACUUUAACAUAACAAAGCGAACAAAACGAACUUUUGGUGAACUCAAUGAACAACCCGGAUACUCUUCCGAAAUUAAGUAUAUGUUUGAACAGCUCACUGCCCAACAAGAAAACAAAUUUGAAUCGUUAAAUAACACGCUUGCUACCAUAAUAUCUCGAAACCAAACAAUUCAAAAUUCAGUUGACUCCCUAACUGCAAAACACGACGACCUACAAAAGAAAAUCGAUCAUCUGGAACAAGAGAAUAAUGAGUACAAAAAGCGAGUAGCAAACCUGGAAAACAGGUUGGAUCAUCUAGAAAAGAGUGUGCGUUGUUCUACAAUUGAGAUUCGUAACCUACCUAAACUGGAAGUCGAAAAUAAGAAAACAUUAAUUGACAUAAUCCACCUAGUCGGUUCGACAUUGGGCCUCGAAACUCCAAUUCACCAGUCUGAGAUUAGAGAUAUAUUUCGAACCAAGUCAGAAGCUGUAGUCGUGGACUUCACCACAAACCUAACGAAGAAGUCAUUUCUGGCUAAAUACAAAUCAUACAAUAAAACGCGGGAAACCGUCAAAAAUAAGAAGCUUAUUGCAGCGUGGACGUCAUAUGGAAAAGUCUUUAUAAGGAAAGAUGAAAGUUCGACACCAGUUCGUAUUGAGGAAGAAUCAGACAUCUAUAAAAUUAUCAUGUGA